AGCCUCUUUCAGUGUGCAUGUGUGGCCAUGAGCACAUUUGUGUGCGAAGGUGUGUGUAUGUGAUACAGUAGGAGGAGUGUGCACCUGCUAAGCUGCACCUGGUUGUCAGAGUGAAGAGUAUACACGAAACCAGAGAGAGAGCGAGAGAUCAAGGGAGAGAACGAGAACAAAUGAAAAGGUGGAAAAAGCGGUCUCAAGCCAUCAGCACAGGGCAAUGAUUGCACUCACUGGACCUGACUGUAAACAGCGCUGAGUGGACUGAACUAAAGGCCAAUAACCUCUGGAGGGACGAUCGCAACCCCAGCCUCCGUGACGCACUUUCACUCGCACAGGCCUAACCUCUCCUUCCCCAUGGCUACGGCAGAGCCUGCCCCUGCAUGGUGGAAGCUGACCUUCCUCCGCAAGAAGAAAUCCGAGCCCAAGGUGUUGUAUGAGAUCCCUGCAGAAUACAUCAAUGCCGAGGCCACACCCGGAACUGCUGGACCACCCGAUGAUAGCCAGUUCAACGCCCGCCUCGAACGCAUCGUGGACAAAACAGCCACAAAAGGACGUCACGUUAAAGUGUCUCACUCAGGCCGCUUCAAGGAGAAGAAGAGGAUCCGUGCAACGUUAGCAGAAAACCCUGAGCUGUUCCCCAACCCUGACCCUUGCAAUGGCAAUGAGAGCACAAACAAAUGAAGGCCAUAGGGUCAUGGGGUCAGUCUGCUUGAAGAAUCUGUGCAACAUAGGCCUACAUAUGCACAGAUGCACAAACAACAAAAAACAAUUCCACUUCUGCUCCUGAAUUCAACCAGCUGCCCUUGAAUAACGAAAAUCAACAAAUAAAACAAAACACUUGCUCAUGUUUUAGUAUGAUUUUGUAUGAAGUGAGAUGGGCGUGUGUCCUGAGUUUUGAAAAGACUUGUGGAUACGAAGCGAUUUCUCUGUAACAUCCAUUAAAAUGUAUCUCAGCACCAUGGUGACCAAAGUGUAUGACUGACUGUACUAACAGCUGCAGUCAACCUGUCCAAGCUACACCCACAAAUGUGUCCUUCGCAACUUCUUAGCUAAGUUGGACAAGCUUAUAGCUGAAGUUUCUUCAUAGUUUAUCUGUCAGAUGUUCAUCCACAAAAUACAAUUGUACGUCAAAAAACUACAUCCAGUCAAUCCUGUCAUUGUGGUCUUUUAUACACAGAAAAUAAAUAUUUAAAAUAACUUUUAAAAUAAUAAGGCAUUGUGUUUUGAUAAAAACUGGGCUGUACUAGUUUCUCAUUAUGCUACAUGGGUUUUUUAUGAAAGAAUGCGUUUGUGGGUGAAGCAUGAUAAGGCCUGAAUUUGAAGUUAUAUUUGCAGUUAAGUCUGCACACACAAGCUUAAAAAUACAAAUAAAUAGUCUGCAAUAAAAGGGCACAGUAAUCUUUUCUAUCCACAUCGACUUUUCCCGUUAACAUUUCUGUUGGAGGACCAGUGAUAUGUGUAUUCAGUUUUGUUUUGAUUUUUAAAAUAUUUUUUAUCAGAAAAUUGUUCACAAAAGUCCAGAUGCAAAAACCUCAGUGCCUUAUGAUCAGAGUGACAAUCAGUCACUCAAGUCACUGUACAUCAACUGUCAACUUGCUGAAAAUCUCUCUUUGUUUUAAACUGCAUUUGUUUUGUUAUGAAGCUGUCCUGUAAAUGUUAGUAGAAUUAUUCAUGUUUGUGAUAAAAGCUCUUAAGAAAAUGAUAUUUUGCAGUAAACUAAUUACAUAGGCAUUUCAGUGAUUUGAGCAUGAUUUAAGAUACGAUGUAAAAAAAAGUUUUAAUAUAAUAUUUAAUAAAAAAAACUUUUUAAAAUAUG